GAAGGAAUCUGUUUAUCGCUGCAUACUCAGGUGGUUGUUUUAUUUUUGGUUUUAUUUUAAAGAGGGAAAAUGUCUGAUCAGGGGGCUCAGCAGCAGCCGCAGGUGGAAGUGGUGAUGAAGGACGAAGGUCAACAGCCUUCAGCCUCCACUCCUCCUCCUCCACCUCUAACUGUUACUCAGCAGGAGAAGGAGCUGCAAGAGCAGCUGCGGCGGCAAAAGUACCGCCUGGCAGAGUUGGAACGUCAGGAGGCGGCUGAGCUAGAGGCUGCAACAGAUUAUUCCAGAAGUGAAUAUCUGUUGCAGCAGCUAGACAAGAUGCUCUCAGAUGACGCUUGUGCACAGGUGACCAAACACCUAGCAGAGCUUAUCAUCUUGGAGCACAAGAUCACCAGUUCUCAUUUCACGAACUGGGAUGAUCGCUUUGAGCAUUUGGAGCAUCGGGUUGACGACCUGGCAGCUCAGCAGUCCAAGAUUUUGGAUGUGAUCCAGAGCUUGACUGCUCAGCUGCCAGCCUCCAAGCUGAUUACCUCUCAGCUCCCUCUGAUCAAACCCAAACCUUCUCCUCCUUCUACACCUCCAUCUCGCCCUGGAUCUGUGCAUUCUUCCCGGAAACCAUCCCAUUCCCAAAAAGCCUCAGGCAAGGCCACCUAUGCUGCUGUUACUGCAGGAGAUCACAGAGGUCCCAAGAUCCCUGCUCCCAACAAGUUCAGGGGCGAUGACCCCAAGACCGAUGUUGGGGACUGCGCUGCUGGGACCAAAGCCUACUUGAGGGGCUUUAUCUGUGCAGAAAGGACCAAGGUGGCGACCGUUCUGGGACUGCUGGAGGGACCUGCAUUGAAGUGGGCCACUUCCACCUCCAGCAGUCUAGAGCAGUCCAUGGAGGACUGGGCUUUUGGGCUUGGGGUGGACAAACUUCUGCAGGCCCUGGAGGACCGUUUUGCAGACAAGGAGCGGGCCCGCAAGGCUGCUGACAGGAUUGCUCGCCUGGGGCAGCAGCGGUGCAGCGGCACCCUGCAGGCCUUGUUUGCAUAAUUCGAGCAACUUCCCUCCACCCCUGGGUUGCUCAUUGCAACCGAUGA